CACGUGGGCGGGACUUCCUGUACAGUAGUGCCAAGCAGUCUAACAUGGCGGUUAUGUCGCUCGCAUGAGUGUGCAGUGAAAACCCGUGGAAGUUAAGACAAUUACGGUCUAGUUCGGUGAAAAUAGCCGAUUAAAAGAAGUAAGUGUGUCGACUGCGGAUAUCGGCUUUUGGAGAUGAAGGGAAAAGAGCGGUCGCCGGUGAAGAAACGCUCUCGGGCGCCAGAUGAUAGCAGAGACCGAGGAGGAAGUCACCCGGGCGGCAAGAAGAGCGGAGCCCUGUCGACGGUCGGUAGCAACAACGGCAACGGCGCGGCUUCGUCCCGGAGAAGUUUACACAGUGAGAAGAGAGACACGAGGGAUUCAGACGGGCACAAUUCAGCCAUUCGGACUAGUGGCGGUUACGACUACGGAGUUGUUUCGGGGAACAAGUCGUACGGAGGUGCUGAAAUCGACGCGGAAACGUCGAGGUCCGACCCGCGGCCUCCGUCAAACCCCGAAAACGAGUACAAGACUCUGAAAAUAAGUGAACUGGGAAACCAGCUGAACGACGAGGAGAUCGAGGACGGAUUGUUUCACGAGUUUAAGAGGUUUGGCGACGUCAGUGUAAAAAUAAGUCGAGAAAACGACGCCAGGGUGGCGUACGUGAACUUCAGGAGGCCGGAUGACGCCCGGUCGGCUAAACACGCGCGGGGCAAGCUGGUGCUGUACGACCGGCCUCUUAAGAUCGAGACCGUUUACACCAACAGGCUCACGGGCCGCUCGCCCGUUCUAAAAGACAAUUUCUCUCCAGGACACCGGCACCCGCACUCCCAGAGGCCCCUUUCUCCCACUGGUAUGGGAUACAGGGACUACCGAUUACAGCAGCUGGCUCUGGGUCGCCUCCCCCCGCCGCCGCCUCCUCUUCCUCCUCCUGCGCCUCCUUCUCAGCCCCUCCACGUCAGGGAUCUGGAGAGAGACAGAGAUUUUUCAGCGUACGACGCCAGGAACAGACCCCCGUUCGUCCCUGAAUGUGCCUUGUUCCGCGAGGAGGACCUAAUAACCCCCGAGGAUGACCACAGGGCGAACAGGACUUUGUUUCUGGGCAAUCUGGACGUCGGCGUGACGGAGAGCGACCUGAGGAGGGCGUUUGACAGGUUUGGGAUGAUAACAGAAGUGGACAUAAAGCGGGCGGUGCGAGGCCAGAGCAACACCUACGGUUUCAUCAAGUUUGAGAAUCUGGACAUGGCUCAUCGUGCCAAAGUAGCCAUGUCGGGGAAAGUGGUGGGCCACAACCCAAUUAAAAUCGGAUACGGUAAACCCACACCCACGACGAGACUGUGGGUGGGGGGCCUCGGACCCUGGGUUCCGCUGGCUGCACUAGCGAAGGAGUUUGACCGCUUCGGUACCAUCAGGACUAUAGACUACAGGAAAGGUGAAGUGUGGGCUUACAUCCAGUAUGAAAGUUUGGAUGCUGCUCAGGCUGCGUGUACUCACAUGAGGGGCUUUCCUCUUGGGGGUCCCGACAGGCGGCUGAGAGUGGAUUUUGCGGACACAGAGCACCGCUACCAGCACCAGCAGUACGUGCAGCUCCCUCUCCCCCUGCCGCACUAUGACUUUGUUCCUGAGCCCUUUGCCCACCGCCUCGCAGACUCCGUGAGAGGGAGGGACAGGUCGCCUCCACACCCCGCUCGCUUCAGGGACCGGGGCCCGUACACCAGCGCCGAAUGGUCGGGCGUGGGCGUCCACGACCGGAUGCGAGGAGCCAUUUUUGAUCCCGUGGAUCGCCUUGACCGGCGUUCCCACGAGACCUGGCCAAUAGAGCGGGAUUUACAAGGCAGAGAUCCGAGCCGCAAAAGGAGACAUUUGGAUGAUGGCAGUCGACGGGAUCGUUCACCAGACAACAUGGACUUCGGUCUGCGCCGCCACGGCAACUCAUUAGAGCGCAGCCCUGGAGGCAGCAGCCGGGAUGGCGGUCGAUUCAGUGACCCCGAACGCCCGGUUCGCUCCGGCAAAACCUCCCCUGUCCGAGAGCGCCAGAACAUGGGCUUUGGAGACAAGAGAAGAAGAACACUUAGCCCGGCUUUGCCCAGCUCUUGCUCUGACAAGGACCGAAAACCCAAAGCAAGGGACUCAUCCAAGAGCCCAGCUAAGAAGGAAAACCGCUUAGAACAUCUUAUCCCCGCUCAGUCUUCAAGGUCUGAACAGCAGUCUAAGCCAGCUGCCGGAGAACAAAAGUUGAUUCAGGUGUGGCAGGGCGUCCUCCUGCUGAAGAACAGCAGCUUUCCCACGUCCCUGCACAUGCUGGAGGGGGACCUCGCUGUCGCCACAAGUCUGCUGUUGAAGGGCUCCAAGGGGGGUCAAGCGUCCCAGCUGAAGAUCAGCCAGCGCCUGCGACUGGACCAACCCAAGGUAGAUGAAGUCUCCCGUCGCAUCAAAGCCGCCGGCUCCGGUGGAUACGCCGUCCUUCUGGCCGUGCCCGGGAAAUGUGAAGAUGCGGGGAUCCAGGAAGCCAACAGCUCGGCCGAGAGACCUCUGAAGAACCUGGUGUCCUACCUGAAGCAGAAGGAGGCAGCCGGCAUCAUCGGCCUCCCGGUGGGGGGCGUCCGUGAUAAGGACCACGGAGGAGUCCUCCACGCUUUCCCCCCGUGUGAUUUCUCACAGCAGUUUGUGGAUGCCUCCGCCAAAGCCUUUGCCAAAUCAGAGGAUGACUACAUGGUGAUGGUCAUUAUCAAAGGAGCAUCAUUAUAAAAAAAGAAAAUAAAUAAUCAAAAUGUCUCUUCACGCUCAUGAACUGUUGUAAAAACCAGGAGAAGUAAUUUGGAAAUCACUAAAGGAUGAUUCAUGAUAACUAUAUUACUAACCUAAAGGGUAGCGUGUGUCUCAUGCUGUUAAGAAAUGUGUCCAGAAAUGUGGCUGAAUUUAAAAUGUUUUGAUAAAUUUCGUUAUUAAUUCAGGUGACCGGCUUCUUUCUGCUGUUUAGUAUUCAGAUUAUGUACAUAACUUGAAGGGUACUCUGCUAAAAAAAAAUUCAGAGCCAGCUACAGUUGCCUUAUGUCAUUUUAAAAAGAAACACAAUUCCUUCCUAUAAUUUCAUUCAAUGCAAUGUAUUUUUGCUUCAACCUGUAAACGGCACAGAUUUAACCGGCCAGUUUCCACACAUUUGUAUUAAGUUUGUGCAGCCAGCCUUUGAAACAUUUAAAGCAAACUCAUGCAUAUGAUUUAGGCUGUAUUUCCAUUUGAUCUAAAGCUUUACCAAUUGCUCGGGUUACUCCAGAUGUGCAUCUGUAUCACGUUUUUUCUUUUUGACCAAGUAAACAUUUGACACAACAUUUGAUUUGAAAUGUCAAUAUAUAACAGACUUUCUAUUUUUAGCACUUUUAUCCAGUCCUGCUCAAAGCUAAAGAAAGAAAACUCUUGAAACAGAUUGUGUUAAUAUACAGCCGGACCUAAAGCGCUUCUGCACGGUAGACAUGAAUAUCAGUGCUCCUGUCUGAGCCACAUCUGGAGGAUUAUGUGACAUUAUACGGUUCAUGAGUAUUGGUAGACGUAUGUAGGGGUGGACACAAGCAGCAAUCCCCUGUACAUCCUCAUGCAGCUCUUUUAUUUCUGACCCCAAGGUGUGCUAUUCAACUGAAUCGUAUCCUAGUCUAAUAUAAUAGAGGAACUUUUUAUUUUUAUUAUUGAUUAAGCUACUGCUUCUUUUCUUGGUUAAUUGAAUAAUUAGGUCUAUAAAAUAUUAGAAAAACGGGAAAAAUUGUGUUUUCAUGUCUUAAAAGAGCUUUUUAUUCUUAAACUUUUUAUUGUUCUUCCAACCUUUCAAAAAAUAUAUUAAUAUACAACUGAUUGGUUAAUCAAUCAUCAAAAUGUUGCAGAUGAAGUAUCUAUUAAUGACAUAUCAUGCAGGUGCUAAUAUGUCUGAUCAUAUUACAAAGGGUUGCUUUGUCGUCCACUUCUUUUAUAUUCUACUUGUGUUGGCAUCACAUUCAAUUUGGUUGAACAGUAAUUAGUUGAUCAAAUUCUUUACAUUUAUGUUGUAAUCCGGUAAUUACGAAUACUGCAAAGCAUGUACUGUUGCAGAAAAAGCUAAUAUAAUAAUCUAUGAUUGCUCAGGCUCUGUGUAGGUUAUGUCACGCGCCUCUAACGACCCAUCAGGAGUCCACUGGUAGAAAAUAUUGCAAUUCUUUGAAUGGACUUCAGGUUGAAUGAGAGGAGAGAAAUCCAAUCCCCAGAGGCAUUAACUGCCCCGUCCUCGGAAAUGACUGUUGAGUAUUCUUCAUGCUUUUGAUUUGAGUACUGUGUUUCAAAUGGAGAAAAGAAAUGUUUUGUGCUGUAUACUCAGGAUUUCUGGAGAGAGAAAUGGAGAACAUCGGUGCCCACGGGCCUAAGAAGUAUACCUAACUGUCAAAGUGCAACAUGCACUUGAUAGGUUGUGUCUCAAUAAAUUUACUCUUUCGUGGGAAACACGACUGCCUCGGAAGACGACUUCUGUGACCUUUUCUGUUCUUGGAAUUGUCUAUCAAACUCCAAAGGCUUUAUCACUUUGACAGCAGGAGCCUUCGCAACCCAAAGGAGAGGAAGUGUGAGGACCAACGGGAGGUUGGCCUCUCGGUUCUGAGUUUUCGUUUGGUUGAUCGUCGUUUUGUCGAAUGACUUCCUUCUGAGGAGCUUCAUUCAAAGUGAAAUUGACCCACCACUAGAAUGCUAUUUUUCAGUCCUUCUGCAAAGGGCAAAUCAAGAGUCACUCCCUCUUUCUUCACACGUGUGACUCAAACCCCUGUCGCCUCUAAGACCCAGUUUCGGAGGUGUUGCUGAGAAACAUCUGGUUUGUUGCCCGCCACGUUAUUGCCACCAUCACAAGGGUUGCGUCGCCAAUUUGACCGCCUCUCGGUGGAAGCGCAGCGGUCUUGGUUCUCUGUUCUACGGGCAGAACCGCCCCUGAGUCUCAUCCGGUGCUGGAGAAGAUGCGGAGACAGCGAAACCUCAUCUGCUUUAUUUUUCCUUUUUAAAUGGAAAAGGAAACUCAGCUGAGGAGAAGCAAGUCCCGUGAGGAGCGAUUCAGAAUGAUUUGUUUUGAUAUGUUGAUCUGAUUAACACACUUAACUGCAUAUGAAUGCAAAGUGAAGAGUAUCCUGAAACUGCCGAGUCGGGACGUUUUAUCAUCGAGACUGCUGCUGCUGCUGCUGCUGCUGCCGCCGCCACCGCCGCCGCCCAUCGUUGCUGCUCCACCCGAAGGGACCGAAGCCGCUUCUGUCCGCAGCGUUGAGGGGCCACGCGAGGAUUCCCGUAAAAAGGUUUGAUUCUCAGCCCGGCUGGACCUGCUGCUGUACCGAGAUGACCGGAACCGCUGACCUGGGUACGUAUUAAAUGUGCAACACGACUACAAACAAAACAGGCCCUUAUUUAGAAGUCGGAGAAGAAGGUGAAAAGUUACCAGGAAAGAGUAAAAAAAUGUCCCUGAGAUAAAUGCCUAUAAUUCCCAGCUAUUGUUGAGACAGGCAGACUUUGAUUUAAAUAAAACAAUCGUUUUAAGUAUUAGUCUGGCAAGGUAAGUAGGGUCAAAUCAGGACUUAUUUUUUAUAUACUGAUUUAAGCUUCUGAAGUACAUAUUUAUAUUUUCUGUUAUCCAGCAGUGAAACUUAUUUCAGUGGUGAAAGAAGUAGUCAGAUAAUGGGGGCCACAAUAUGUUUUAUUAGGGAAUCAUUGGCUUUGUGUAAUCUCAAAUAAUCAAUAACUAUCGGUCUGGUAUGACAUGUUGUGACCUUUGACCGCUGGUCAUUCAAAGGUCAAUAAGUAGCAACACAAGAGACCAGAAAAAACGACAUUAACAGAAAAAAGAAGCCAAGUAGUUUUCUUUAAAAGUGGAAAUAAGUGAUUCAAACGUAUGAGAUUUAAUUAAUAAAAACAUAUGUGAAAAAUUCAGUCAUAUGGUAACAAACUAAGUCUUCUAGUGAUCUAAUUCAUCACAUGCUGAUAAAUUAGGUAAGUGAAAGAGUUCAAGUCAGGAGGAGAUCACUGAUAUGGAGGGCAAUAAAAGGUUGGUGAGUGAGUGCAGUCGUGCUUUAUCUUCAAUUGAUACCUGCCGGCUCUACAAGGUCUAAACGCUGCAGGCGCUUCCCUCACUGCUCUUUUUUUGUCCCAGAUCUUAUUGUGUAAUCAACAACUUGAAGGACAUUCCUGUUGUCGCCUGUUUCAUAAAUCAACGCUGAAUCAACAAAACGGGUUCCAAAGAUGAUAAAUUUAAUUUGAGAACAUUAAAACACUAAUCACUUGAUCUUGUAUUACGUGUAAUUCAGACCCCGCGUGAGUCUGUGUAAUUUAGAGCCGGCCUGAGGACGACCACCUGCUGGUGAAAACAAGAUGAUUUAACUUUUCUGCUUCACUCUUUUACCCCCCCCCCCCUUUUUUUUUUUAAACCCACCUUUUUCUCCAACAGCACCUAAACGUUUUUUUAGUAAUAUGAUCUGGUCAUAAUGGAAAUGUUGAGUAUUUCAGGAGGUCACCUCGGACAUGUCGCCAUAGUGACCAGCAGUGAGACUGACCUGAAGGUGGGACGCGAGAGAAGCCUUGGUGAGUAGAUCAAUUUGUUCUAAAAUGGUCACUGUCAGUAUAUUCUAUUAUAAUAAUGUGACUUGUAUUUGUACUUGAAUAAAAGUAUAUUUUCUUGAAACCUA